UAUCCAACCCGUCGCCAACACCUUCAAGCAAAACAAUUCUAGAGAGAGAGAGAGAGAUGCGCAGCGCGUAGGUGUGACCUAGCCGCGGUCGGCCGGUUCUUGGCUUGGUGGGACUGCCAUGGCGGAGUUGGCUCCUCAAGCUGAAGUGUACGCGCCAAGGAGUGUUCAGGUGUUGAAGACGCUGUUGAACUGGCUGGCCUUCUUCUUCCAGAUCUUCGUGCAGAUCGUCAGAGGGACGCCUUCGGUGACCCAAGUUCUCUCCUACGUCGGCCUCUCUUUCCUCUCUUCCACCUCUCCUUCCUUCAAGCCUUUGCCCCUCGCCCCCGAUUCUACCGAAUUGCAGGACCCUCCUUCCGCCGCACUGCAAAUCCUCGGCGACACCAAGAGGCUUACGGUGGUUCUUGAUUUAGAUGAGACUCUAGUGUGUGCUUAUGAAACAUCUAGUUUGCCUGCUAUUGUUCGUGAUCAAGCUACAGAAGCAGGGUUGAAGUGGUUUGAGCUGGAAUGCAUAUCUUCAGAAAAGGAAUGUGAAGGCAAACCCAAGAUAAACUAUGUUACAGUGUUUGAACGUCCAGGAUUAUCAGAAUUUUUAAAACAACUCAGUGAAUUUGCUGAUCUUGUGUUAUUUACUGCGGGUCUUGAAGGUUAUGCCAGACCACUUGUCGAUAGAAUAGAUGUUGAAAAUCGAUUUUGUAAUAGACUGUAUCGGCCUUCUACCAUUAGCACGGAAUAUCGUGAGCAUGUGAAGGAUCUGUCUUGCCUCUCAAAGGAUCUCUGCCGAACAGUUAUUGUUGAUAACAACCCAUUCAGUUUCUUAUUGCAACCAGUGAAUGGAAUUCCAUGCAUCCCAUUUUCUGCAGGACAGCCACAUGAUGAUCAGCUUCUGGAGAUCCUUCUUCCACUCCUCAGACACCUCUCUCAACAAAAGGAUGUGAGACCCACUCUGUAUGAGAGGUUCCACAUGCCUGAAUGGUUUCAAAAGCAUGGAAUCCCGUGCUCUGGUUCGACAAAGUAGGAUGAAGAUUGUAGACAGUUAAAGUCGUAUUAUUCUUUGUUGGGGCGCAUGAAUCGGGCACUUUCUGUCCAACGCAAGCACGUCUUCAUCGAACUCAAGUUUUUGUAUAGCAUUUGUACACAGGAGCAAUUGGUGAAAUCGCAAAUUUCUCAGUUUCUCAUUGUGAAGGUUUCCCUUCUGCAUGAUUCACCUAUGCACACCAACAUGUAGAAUUGUCAAAAUUCUGAUUGAUUCUAAUGUAAUUCUCUCUGUUUAUAUGCUAGUGUUUGCUGUUCAUGUAUGUUUUUUAAGUUCUGUAAACCCGUUACAAAUAACUAUUAUUUGCAGCUUUACACGUUUCUUGUGUUGCUCGAUAAUGCUAAUGGAACAACUAGCAUUUAUUAUGUGUA